GUAGUUCAUGUCCGGGAAGGAUGUUUGGAAGCCCCACAAACCGGUGUUUUGCAAUGAUUCAGGGGGCGAAAGGCAGGCGGAAGCUGAGGCAGGGAGAGAACCUUCUCUAAAGUGUGCCUCAGCCUUCCUCUCUGGUGACACGUGGAGAAGAAUCCGUGCAAGAAAUGGCCAUGUUGAAAUGCGGUUGGCUCUGGCGGCAGAGCUCCAUUCUACGACGCUGGAAAAGAAACUGGUUUGUCUUAUGGGUGGACGGAAGUUUGGUCUAUUACCAUGAUGACACCGGGCAUGAUAUGGACGGCCGGAUCAACAUCAAGUUCAACUGCAGGGACGUCAGAACAGGGCGCGAGUGCCGGGACAUCCAGCCUCCAGAAGGGAGAACCCGUGAGUGUCUCAUGUGCAUCGUCCAAAGAGAUGGGUCCAAAACCAUGCUCUGUGCGGAAAGUGAAGACGACGCCAUAGCUUGGAAGCUGGCGAUUCUGGAGGCAAAAGCAACACAGGUAAGCUCCCUUGGCAUCGCGUGGACUUCGCUUG